AUGGCAGACCAAGAAGAUGGCCCGGCUCGAGGACACUCACCACUCCCUGUUGAAUCCAACGAUGGGCAUGUUCACUUCGACGAUGAAAGCACAAUUACCUCUACCAUUUCGCAAUCGACAUCCGCCAUGACCUCUCCUUUAACGUCAGAGUUUAGAGAUGUAGAAAAGAACGAGCAAGAUGUGCCACGGCUGCCAACUUUGUCAUAUAACAUACCUCCCAGCGAGGAAGGAUCAAGAAGGGAUUCAAUUGGUGGCUAUGGCACAGAUGAAGAAGCUUCUAUCUGCAAACCCUUCUUGAGAACUUCGAGCCCGAACUCAGAUUCGAAGAGAAGUAAAGGAGCGGAGUAUGAAAAGGUGGGAGAUCUGGGCGUUUGUACGAUGCAGAAAUUCUCGUUAUAUGAGACAGCCACGAGGUAUUAUGUUGUUGGGGCGGAUAUCCUUGACUCUCGAUUUCGAAUCCUGAAGAUUGAUCGUACCGCAGAGAUAGGCACCUUGAAUAUUACUGAAGAUGAGAUUGUCUACACGAAGAAGGAAAUGACUCAGCUACUCAAUGCGAUUGAUGAUGGUAACAAGAUUUCAGGAGGUAUGAAAUUGAAGAGUGCUGUUUGGGGUAUACUCGGGUUUAUACGCUUUACCGGUUGCUAUUAUAUGCAUAUGAUCACCAAGAGAAAUCAAACUGCUAUGAUCGGUGGCCAUUUUGUAUACACAAUCGAGGCUACGGAGUUAAUACCACUGACUACAUCUACUAAUUCUAGAUUCAAGUCAUCAGAUACUCGGAAUACUGAGGAGUCGAGGUUUCUCAGUAUUCUAAAUGGACUUGACUUGAAUAAGUCUUUCUAUUUCAGUUAUUCAUAUGAUAUCACGAGGACGUUGCAACACAAUAUCAUGACAGAGCGAGCUGCUCUAGCAGCAGGAAAGCCUUCCCCUCAUCCUAAAGACUACAAUUCUAUGUUUGUUUGGAACAGUCACUUGUUAAACCCUGCGGAAAAUGUGUUGAAGAACACUUAUGACUGGUGUGUGCCUGUCGUCCAUGGAUACCUUGCACAAGCAGCGCUACCCGUAUGGGGACGGAUCGUCUACAUAACAAUUAUAGCAAGACGUUCGAGACACUUUGCUGGUGCUCGAUUUCUCAAACGCGGCGCUAAUGAUAUGGGAUACGUCGCCAAUGAUGUCGAGACUGAACAGAUAGUUUCGGAAAAUACGACAACUUCAUUACAUGCUCCUGGCCCAAAGCUUUAUGCAAGUUCAAACUAUACUUCUUAUGUACAGCAUCGUGGGAGUAUCCCACUACACUGGACUCAGGAUAAUACCGGUGUCACGCCUAAGCCUCCUAUCGAGCUGAAUUUGGUUGAUCCAUUUUACAGUGCGGCCGCGUUACAUUUUGAUAAUCUCUUCGAAAGAUACGGAGCUCCUGUUUUUGUAUUGAACCUGGUGAAAGCCAAGGAAAGGACUCCGAGAGAGUCAAAGCUAUUAUACGAAUUCACAGAUGCAAUCAAUUAUUUGAACCAAUUUCUUCCGGCAGACAAGAAGAUUAUCCACAAACCAUGGGAUAUGAGUCGAGCUUCAAAGAGUCGAGACCAGGAUGUGAUUGGUACUCUUGAAAGUAUGGCUAAUGAAGUUGUUACUCGCACAGGUAUCUUCCAUAACGGAGACGGUAAGACAACAAUGCCAACUGUACAAAACGGUGUUGCUAGGACGAAUUGUAUUGAUUGCUUGGACCGAACUAAUGCCGCUCAAUUUGUCAUCGGUAAAAGAGCUCUUGGAUACCAACUCCAUGCUCUAGGUAUCUUGAGUGAACCUUCAAUCAACUAUGACACUGAUGCGAUAAAUCUCUUCACAUCCAUGUACCACGGACAUGGUGACACUAUUGCUAUUCAAUAUGGAGGCUCUCAACUCGUCAACACUAUGGAGACUUAUCGAAAAAUUAACCAAUGGACAAGUCAAUCUCGAGACAUGGUGGAAAGUUUCCGGAGAUACUAUAACAAUUCCUUCCUUGAUGGCCAAAGACAAGAAGCCUACAAUCUUUUUCUCGGCAAUUAUACCUACGUCCAAGGACAACCUUUGCUAUGGGACUUAACAACUGACUAUUAUCUUCAUCACACCGAUCCCCGUGUUUGGUCCCCGCGUACUCGCCGUAGCUAUAUAAAUUGGUACACGCCCUCCUUCCUUGAGAAGAAGACUCUACCACCUUAUUCCGACCCCCAAGGCGCCCUCUCAAACAAGCCUCUCGCCUACUUUGACGACUAUUGGAUCGAAUAUUACAAGCCUCUCUCCAUCUCCUCCAUCGUCAAGAUCUUCACCUACCCUGGCAAAAUGUCUUCCUCGGCCCGCCUCAUGCUUCGUACCCAACAUCGUGAUGAAUCUCGGAUCGGGUACGAUGUCUCUCCAUUCAGGGUCCGCGCUGAUGCCACUGCUCACGUCGAAGAACAGGCAGCCCCUCACGGGCCACCGAAUGCAAAGGGCAAGAAAAAGGAAGUAUCUUUUCCGGAGACUACAGAGGUAAUUGCUGAUGAUGAGGUGCCGGAGGAUUCAUCCAUAAAAUCCGGUGCUACGGGUACGAAACGCAUUAGUCUUCAAAGAUGGCUCCAGCCAAUUCAGGAGUCUAGUCUUCUUUCUAGCAGUGUACAACAUUCCCCAACGACAUCGCAGCACCAUCAUAAUCCUCAUAGUAUUAUGAAAGAGACAUCUUCGCAUUCGCAAUCACAUUCUACAGAAGAUUCUUUCCUAAACUAUCAUUCUGAGAAGAAGAAGAUGACUCCAUUGGACAAAAGCAAAGCCGCUCAAUGGACUUUCACUCAAGUAGUCAGCGAAUCCCUCAACCCUAGCGUCAAUCUGGGCGAAGAAGAAGACUACGAACGCUACGUCGAAUAUCCGCAACUACUAUCCCUAGUAAUUGGAGAUGACGACCACGAUAUCGAAGGCGUAGAGGAAUACGAGGAAUGGGUAAGAGGUGUGGGAUGGGAUGGCGGCUCUGGACAAGGUGGAUAUAAUGGUGGUAUUAAUGGGGGUUGGGGACGAGAAGAAGACCAUGAGGAAAUCGAGGAAUAUAGAAGUUUUUUGAGGGUGGCAGAAAAUCCUUUGACAGUUCUGGAGGAGGAUGGACAGAAAAAGCGGUAUAAGGCUUAUAGGAAGUGGCUGGCGGGCAAAAGUUUGUUCAAACAACAACCUAUUGAUUAG